AUGGGAGCCUCCUCGGUCUUCUACGACGGCGCCGACAACGCUACGCAGCAUGCUCCCUACGGCCCGGGCGCGCUGAGCGGGGGCUGGGGCGACGGUGCACCGGACCCUUCUCUGUACAGCUGGAAGGCCGACCCGUCGCGCAAUCGCCCGCCGCCAUACAUGCAGCCGUCGCUGUCGGGCUUGCGUGGCAAUGGCGAGAGUAGCCUGCCCCAGAAUGCAAAGCGCGUAGAGACGGCCUCGCGGCCUAUCGAAGAGUCGGGUGGGGGGAACAGUACCAGUGGUGACCCCAAGGGCGGCACCACAAAUACGAACUGGCUCGGCGGUCCGGCAGGUGGCGCCAUCCCCGACACGCUCGAGCGCGCCACGUUGCAGCACGCCUUCGGCACAAGCGACUUCUCCAUGGUAGAUCGACAGCAGCUCACUCUCACGCGGUUGAUACAGCUCAUGCUGGACGCCACGCUGAAGCCGCGCGACCCGGACAGCCGCGGGCUCGGUGGUGACGGCGCUACAAAGCUCGCGGAGCAGCGCGAGGAGCUCAAGCUGAUGGACCAGCGCGUCGUACCGUUUCAGCAUGACGACGUGAUGAAUGACUACCUGAAGAACAUCGACAGGCUACACAGCCCAAGCGGAGCGCUGUGCCAGCGCGACGUGCUCAAGGGUCGCCUGGUUGGGCUACUCUUCUUCACAGAGUCGGAGCGCUCCCUCACCUUCAUGCGAUAUCUGCAGCGCUUUCACAAGCGGCACAGCCCUGACUUCGUCGUCGUUGCCGUGUCGCUCGCCGCGAAGGAGAUGAUGGACAUUACGCGCUCCUUCGGCUUCUUUCACUGCACGCACCGCGACGGGGCGUCGUGGGUGUCGCGCGAUGCUGGGCUGAUUCUGCGCCCUUUCGUUGCGCUGCCCCGCCUAAUUGUGGUGAACGGCACAAGCGGAAUCGAGGUCACCCGUGGCGGGGUAACGGCCGUCAUGGCAAACCCGGACACGUGCUUCCAGGCGUGGCGGCGCGGCGAGGGUGGGUACCGGUACCGCGACUGGCUCAAAUCCAUGUACAUGUGA